AGGCACACCCUCCCGUAGCUGAGCUUUGUAGUGCAACGUAUCACAAUGUCAUGCUAAGGCUCCUUGGAUUGGACGUUGGAGAUAAUGGCAGGGUCAGAAUGUUAACGAGGGGCCUUCAUUCACCGCUGACGGUGAGGGUGGCGGAGGACGACCUCCAGAUGGAGGAUUGCAGUCACGUGACCUGGUAACCUACAUAACAGUAUCGGGUCGGAGUGACCUAGAACGUGACUGUGUAUCGACGAGGCGCAUAUGCCUCCGCUCCAGCCUACAUAUGCAUGGGUUCACUGUAGAGGCAAGGCUUGAGCAAUGAGUGCCACAGAAAAAUACGGAGAUAUACAUGGCUUGGUAUAAUAAGUACGCUUGUGUUACAGGUGCAUCGCACGAAGGUGGAGCUAGAUAACAUGGAAUGUUAUUAAUGUUGGCACAUAUUGGUUGACCCCAUUUAUACGUCAGACUGAGCCGUGGGACAGUUGAAUUGAUUAUUGGAACCAUGGCAGAAGAAGACAACUUUGAAGAGGAGGACCAACGUGCAAGCUUCCGGCAGAAACUGAAGCAUUCUGGGUACAGACGGAAGUUCCUACACACUAUUGUGUUGUUCCUGUCGUUUGCCGUUCUGGGUGUCUGUGAUACAAUCCAUUAUCCAGCAUUCCUGGACCUGGCCCUGAUAACAGGAACCAAUAUAGAACAGGCUUCCGUCUUCUACACCGCUAUGUCCGUCGGCGGCCUGGUGGGUUCAGUGGUCAUGGGAUUCCUGUUUGACAAGCUGACCAAUCACAGACUUUUUCUUCUAGCUGCUUCUAAUAUAGGUGGCGCUGUGACUUUAGCAGCUAUCCCCUGGUCCAGCAACUACCAUCUGACAAUAUUCAUCUUCUUUAUCAACUAUGUGUUUAAUCUGGCAUUUGAUACAGGUACACACGCAGACCUUCUAAACACGUGGGGCAAGGACGGCAAGAUGUUUCUUCAGUUUCUCCACUUCUCCUACGCACUUGGAACCAUCCUAUCGCCACUAAUCGCGGAGCCAUUUCUUGCAGAACUAGGGGGAGACAACUCCACACACCAGUCAUCACAACACGUCGAUCUCACCAGACUUCUCCCCAACAAUACGGCUGAUCUCACACCUUAUGCUGCCGUGAAGGACAACUCUACGAUCCCAGUUUACGACAACCAUCCGAAGAGUCAGAUACAAUAUGCAUACUGUAUCGCGGGACUUUUAUUCCUUUUUUCGGCUCUGCUCAUGGGUUUAGAGGGUUGUGUAAAUCGCAAGAAACCCAAGUGUGCCGUCGUUAAGGAAGACCAUCGAGAGAUCCGCGAACUUCAACCGAGGACGAAAGUCAUAGUUCUUGUGAUUGUAUCCGUAAUAUAUUUCUUCCACUGCGCGUCCGGGCUUACGAUUUCUGGCUACAUGAUGGCAUUCUGUGUCCAAGACAGAGGCUGGAGUAAAGAAACAUCUUCAUACCUUGCCGCAGUGUUUUGGGCGGUUUUUGCCGCCUCCCGCCUCGGAGGAGUGUUCGUCAUCAAAUACAUAUCCCCAUUGAAACUAAUGUUUCUCUGUAACUGCUUGUUAACGCUAUCAGUAAGUGGACUUUGGGUCGGAGUUGCUGCUCAAAGUGAUACCUGGGUGUGGAUCUGUAUCAUUGCCACAUCUAUAGGAGCGGCUGUGUUCUUUCCAACAGGGUUUAUCCGUGUGGAGACCGACAUCAUGCCAGUGACGGGGAUGGUCGCUGGUAUCAUGAUGCUUGCGACGAACGCUGCGGGGAUUGUUAACCCCUUGUUGGUGGGGUAUCUGAUGCAGGAGGUCUCCCCGAAGUGGUAUGUUUAUGUAACCUUCGCCGAGGUUGUUGUGUGUUUCGUCUGUUGCUUCGUACUUGAUGUUGUGGUCAAAACUAUGGUUACGAAGCAAAGGUCCAAUUUGAGUGUCCCCGCUGACGAAGAUGGCGAGGAAAAGUUUGUUGCAGAGCAUCAAUCACAACAAAACGCAGUGACCACAUGAGAACUACAUCCGUCAGCCUCGUGUAGUGAGUGAGUGAGAUUUGUAAUAUAGCACCUUUAGUGAAGUUUUACAUCUGGAUUCAGAAAUGAAAAACAUGACAGUGAACAAAUCGAAACAUGAAUCUCAUUAACCAAUCAGACAAUGACCUACUUUUCAGCCGAUCCGAAU